AUGGAUUAUCAAUGCGUCGUCGUAUAUACGGUCAUCAAUAUCGCGCCGCCCAAACUUGCAGCCCAAACGUCCGAGUUGGGCGGCUGCGUCGACUGGAUUAAAAACAAGAUUAAAAGAGCGGUAGCAGUAUAUCUUCAAUCUUUGAAGUUAACGCCAAACAAUGGUAUCAUACACGGGAAUCUGGCAUGUUUAUACUAUAAACAAGGGUUCAUAGAUCUCGCUAUAGAAACAUAUAGAAAAGCUAUUGAGCUUCAUCCGAAUUUCCCUGACGCCUACUGUAAUUUAGCUAAUGCCCUCAAAGAAAAAGGUCUGGUGAUUGAGGCUGAGGAAUGCUACACGAAGGCAUUGAUUUUGUGUCCCACGCACGUCGACUCACUCAAUAAUCUUGGAAAUGUAAAGAGAGAACAGGGAAAAGUAGAAGAAGCAACAAAUUUAUACACAAAGGCUUUGGAAGUUUUCCCUGACUUUGCAGUUACACAUAGUAAUCUCGCAUCGCUUUUACAGCAACAAGGUAAACACGGCGAGGCGUUAAUGCAUUAUCAAGAAGCUAUUGCUAUUCAACCGCAGUUUGCUGAUGCCUACAGUAAUAUGGGAAACACGUUCAGGGAGUUACAACAGACCCAAGGAGCUAUCAUAUGUUUUAAAAAAGCCAUAGAAAUUAAUCCUUUAUUUGCUGAUGCGCAUUGUAAUUUAGCCAGUAUUUACAAAGACAUAGGUGAUAUAAUUGAAGCUAUAAAAUCCUAUCAAAAUGCUCUUGUGAUUAGAGAAGAUUUUCCUGAUGCUUAUUGUAACUUAACACAUUGCCUUCAAAUAAUCUGUGAUUGGGAUGAUUACGAGCAACGCAUGAGGACAGUAAUAAAAAUUGUUGAAGAGCAGUUAAAAAGCGAUAAAUUAACAUCAGUACACCCACAUCAUUCCAUAUUAUAUCCGUUAACUAAUCAAUGUAGAAAAGAAAUUGCUGCAAGGCAUGCAAGAUUAUAUAUAGAAAAGGUAAGGGGGUUUAACAAGGCAAAUAAUUUUAUUACAACAGACAAUAACCGUUUACGCAUCGGUUACGUAAGUAGCGACUUCGGUAAUCACCCGACAUCACAUUUAAUGCAAUCUAUUCCCGGGCUUCAUGAUACUUCAAAGACAGAGAUUUUUUGCUAUGCGUUAAAUCCGAAUGAUGGUUCAACAUUCCGUAAUAAAAUAGAAAAUGACUCAGAACAUUUUAUUGAUAUAUCCAAUAUAACGUCUAACGAUGAGGCGGCAAAUAUAAUACAAAACGAUGGUAUUCAUAUAUUAGUGAAUAUGAAUGGAUAUACAAAAGGCUCAAGAAAUGAAAUUUUCGCUUUGAAAUCGGCGCCAAUUCAGAUAAUGUGGCUGGGCUACCCAGGUACAAGCGGGGCCACAUAUAUGGACUAUAUUAUAUGUGACAAUGUCUCAUGUCCAAUGAAAGCAGAAAACGAUUUUACUGAAAAAUUUGCUUAUAUGCCAUAUACAUACUUUGUCGGCGAUCAUAUGCGAAUGUUUCCACAUCUAAAGAAUCGAUUUAAACUGAGGACCAAUAAUGAUAGUGUAUUAAAUGAAAAUGUAGCAAUAAUUAAUUAUAUAGAAGAAUUGGAUGAGUGUUGUAUUGAUAAAACAAAAACAGUACUAGUUUUUGACAAUUAUGAACCAAUAGAAGUAUUAGAAACAAUUAUUAACAUUCCUAAGUGUGUCCUUGAAUUUGCGUCAGACUCUAACCAAAUACAGAUGAAUACCGAUAAUAUAUCUAUAUUAAAUGGAUUAUCAGUGUUGACAUAUGAUUCUAAAAUAGCAAGUGGAGAAAAAAUUUGUGAUAAAGUUGUUAUAACUACAAGAUCUCAAUAUGGUUUGCCAGAUGAUGCAAUAGUGUAUUGCAAUUUUAAUCAAUUAUAUAAAACCGAUCCUAGAACUUUAAAAACUUGGAUCAAGAUUUUACAAAGCGUGCCUAAUAGUCUGCUCUGGCUGGUGAGUUUUCCAGUGGCAGGAGAACCUAAUAUUCACAAGUUUGCCCAAAAAUUAGGUUUAGAUCCAAAACGAAUAGUUUUUUCAAGAAUAGCAUCCAAGGAAGAACAUGUACGGCGAGGGCAAUUGGCAGACGUCUGUUUAGACACUCCAUUAUGUAAUGGUCAUACAACCACUAUGGAUAUGCUAUGGGCUGGGACGCCUGUUCUCACCCACCCGGGUGAAACUUUAGCUUCAAGAGUAGCUGCAUCACAGCUUGCUGCACUUAAUUGCCCGGAACUUAUAGCUCGCGAUAUAAAUCAUUAUGAACAAAUGGCUAUAAAAUUGGGAACAGAUGUCAACUAUCGGAAAUAUAUACGAGCUAAAGUGUACAAAGCCCGCGUGGAAAGCACACUCUUCGAUUGCAAGCACUAUACAAAAGGAUUGGAAGCACUUUACGAGAAAAUGUGGCGACUUCACGAAGACGGAAAAAUACCUGAACAUAUUGGCGUAUAA